ACAUCUUUUAUAUAUAUAUAUAUAGAACAGCCUCUGCUCUAAACACAAAAACUAGAACAAUAUCAGAAGGGUAGCGUGAGUUGUAGAGAAAAAUGGAUAGAAGGCAGAGCAGGUUAAGGUUAGUGGUGGUGUGGUGCGUGUGGUGGCUGACAUGCACAGGAGCAAUGUUAGGGAGUUGUCAGAGUGCGAAUAAUGUGAGGGCUACAUACCAUUUGUACAACCCUCAGCAGAUUAAUUGGGAUUUGAAUGCUGCGAGAGCCUAUUGCUCUACCUGGGAUGCUAACAAGCCCUUGGCCUGGCGUAAAAAAUAUGGUUGGACUGCCUUCUGUGGACCUGUUGGGCCUCAUGGCAGAGAUUCUUGUGGCAAGUGCUUGAGUGUGACAAAUACUGCAACUGGAGCUCAGGCUACAGUGAGAAUCGUGGACCAGUGUGCCAAUGGAGGCUUGGACUUGGAUGUCAAUGUGUUCAAAAAACUGGACACUAAUGGGAAGGGCAACGAGCAGGGUCACCUUACCGUCAACUACCGCUUUGUAAAUUGCGGUGAUUAAUUGAGUGAAACCACUUUAAUCUAGUGUUGGAUACAUGCAACACUUCAUUCCCACCGCUCCCUAAUAACACCAUAAAUAAAACAAGCGGUGUUACUUGGAACUACUUGUUCUUCCAAUAAUUCCAUCCUCUACUAUAUAUAACUUGCUAACUCUCUCUCUCUCUCUCUCUCUCUCUCUCUCUCUAUCUCUCUCUCUUUUCCUUUUCCUUUUUUUGUUUUUGUUUUGGAACAUCAAUGAUUUUGGCGUACUUAACCGUUGAUCUUGUAAAAAUAAUUUGAUCAAUGGCUAGUGUGUUUUUCUGGUAACCUUCGUGAACAGGUCAUCUUCGACAUAUUGGUAAUUCGAAGUUAGGCAUAUUAUUAAUAAAUAACAGCUUAAUUGAACAUGUUAUACGUGCUCCCUAUAAAAUAGCUAGCUAGCUAGUUUGGUUUGGCUGCCGACAUGGGCAAGCUAACUAUCCACACACAACAAGACAACCAACGUGAUUGAUUGCCUUAGCACUUGGAGAACUACUUCGUUUCUAGCAAUUCAUUUCUUUGUAAAAGACAAAGAAGUUGUGCCGGAUUUGCUGCUAAAUGUUUUGUAGUCUUUAAGGUGGGUUUUUUUUUUUUUUUUUUUUACCCUUUUACCUUUCGUAAAUUAAUUAAUAAUCAUUUUGUCCCU